UUGGUGGGUUUUCCCAAAUUUUUGUCUCCACCAUGCUCCAACCUCGGAAUCAGCCGUCGAAUCAGACGAUGAACAUCAACAAUCUCUGCAAAAAGAUGAAGCAUAAGCAAAACCCCAUUCCAUCGAGAAAGCUUCGCAUAAUCUGUGACGACCCUUACGCCACAGAUUCGUCUUCCAGCGAAGACGAAGGAGAAGGACGUUUCGAAAGGCGGCCGAGAAAGAUGAAGCGAAUCGUUCGUGAGCUCACUCUUCCUCUUUCAUCUGCCCUGUCUAAAUCCACUGAAACCGAAAGCUCAUUUCAGGAAAGCAACAAUGGAGUCAUCAAGUCCUCCUCCAAGUUCGCUGAUGGUCAAACCCAGAACAAGAAGAGGGUUUUUACCAAAACCCCAUCAACAAAAGCUCGUCUUCUUCAAGAUUGAGGCGUUCGACAGAGAAAAUGGGGUAAAUGGGCUGCUGAAAUUCGUGAUCCAUUUAAAGGUGUUCGUAUCUGGCUUGGUACUUAUAAUACUGCACAGGAAGCUUCUCAAGCCUAUGAAACGAAGAAGAUGGAGUUCGAAGCAAUGGCUAAAGCUCAAGCUCAGGCUCAAUCGGAGAAGAGUCACAUUAUUUCUUCUUCUUCAGCUCACGUGGCUGCUUCUGUAUCAGAAGAUUCUGAGAGCGUUUUCUCUCAAACCUCACCUUCCUCUGUGCUUGAACUCGAUACUUCAACUUCCAAAUCCACUGAAGAAGCUAACGCCACCAAUAAUGGCAGUUCAAGCAAAGAAGAAAACGAAGCGCAAAAGGAAGAAAACCAACAGGAAGGACAAGCAGCAGCAGCAGCAGCAGCAGCAGCUACUGUACCUAUGGAGUCUAAUGAUUUUGAGAAUGAAUUUGCAGGGCUCCCAAUCCCAGAUCUGAGCUUCCUGAACGAUCUGCCAGUACAAGCACUACCAACAACAUCAUCCGCAGCAACAGCAGCAGAUGUUUCAGACAUAAACCUCGGAUUCGAUCUGGACUGUGUAAUGUUCGGCGACUUUGGUCAGGGUUUGGAUGACCCUCUUGGUUUGGACGACUUACAAAUUUGUGGGUUUGAUGAGGAUGACAUGAAUGCCAGUGAGCUGCCUGAUUUCAAUUUUGAACUGUGUGCUGAUGAUUUUGCUGGUUGGACUGAGGAGCCCCUCAAUAUACCUUGCGUAUAAAUUUAGCAGCUAGCUUCAGCAACAACAUAGGAAUAAGGAAGAAAGCAUUAGUAAUAUUAAUAUUACUAGUAUUUAGUAUUUUAGCAGGACUAAGUUUUAAGUUUUGUGAGGCAUCAAGAGUUGUGUUUUUGCGUCUGCAAGAAUGUUGGUUCUUGUGAGUGGUUUUGCUGCGCGUGAAGAGUUUUACCAAGUUGUAUCUGUUGAGGCAAAUAUUUGAUGAGAGGUAGAAGAGGAAGAAGAAUCCUUUGGGUUUUCCUGAGCUAUUAGAGCCGUCCAAGGGUUCUUCCAAUCAUCUGUUUUAUUUAUAAUUGUUACUAUAAUAGACUCAUGUUUAUCUUCCUUUGUGUUGCUAUGAAUCAAUUCAGUUUCGUCCUGCGUAUUAUGCAAA